AGCGAAUGCUAAACACGAGCCGUGUGUUUUGAAUGCCGCUAGCACGUUGCACGUGUUAAAAAGUAUUUUAUUUUUAUUGAUAACAGACAGAGAACUGAGGCUUUAAAGCGAAUAAUUGCCCCAAAAUGCAACACGACGAUGUCGUUUGGAGCAUCAUCAACAAAUCCUUUUGUUCACACAAAGUCAAAACUGACACGCGUACUUUCUGUCGCCAUGAAUACAAUCUAACGGGCUUAUGCACGCGUCGCACCUGCCCGCUGGCCAAUUCCCAGUAUGCCACGGUGCGAGAGGAGAAGGGCAUUAUUUAUCUAUUCAUCAAGACGGCAGAGCGGGCACAUAUGCCCAGCAAGUUGUGGGAGCGUAUAAAAUUGUCGCGCAACUUCGAAAAGGCCAUCGAGCAGAUCAAUGAGAAUUUGGUCUUCUGGCCCAAAUACAUGAUAGCCAAGAAUAAGCAGAGAUUCCUAAAAAUCACACAGUAUCUGAUGCGUAUGAGGAAGCUGAAGCUGCGCCGCCAGAAACUGAUUGUACCGCUGUCCACAAAGAUCGAGCGACGCGAGGCGCGUCGUGAACAGAAGGCGCUCAUAGCGGCGAAGAUCGAUAACCAUAUCGAGAAGGAGCUGCUGACGCGUUUGAAAAUGGGCACGUACAAGGAUAUUUAUAACUUUUCACAGACGGCGUUCAAUAAGGCGCUCGAAGCGGAGCAAGUGGAGGAGGAGGAUGACGAACAGGAUGAUGUGGUGGAGCGCGAGAAUGAGCUGGAAAUGGAAGUUGAUGAAGCAAGAGAACUGCGGGAUGCACUCAACGACACAGAAGAGUUUGUCGAAGCAGCCAGCGAUGAUGAAGAUGACGAAGAUGAUGAUAAUGAGGAUGAUGAUAAUGAGGAUGAUGACGAGGAGGAAGUUGACUAUGAGAGCGAUUCGGGUCAGCGCGAAGAAGUGGAAAUGGACAGCGACUUUGCGCAGUCCGACGAUGAUGAUGACAAUGAAGACAUUGAGGAUACCCACGUGCCGACCAAACCAACGAAGAAGCGUAACGCCGAAGAUAAGCAGUCAAAAACAACAACAGCAGCAGCAGCUGGAGCUAAGCGACGCGGCAAACCGAAACUGCAAUUGGAAUAUGAAGUGGAAUAUGAAGCUCAGGCUGAUCCAGCACGGCAAAUGCGUCAUAAGUGAGGUAGAAAUAACAAUAGAAGAGCAGCAAAGCAGAUUAAAAUAAUAAACAAUUAUUUUUUGUAUAGAUCUAAUUAAAUUGUAAUGCGAAUAAGAACGAA